AUGCGUUUCUCUAUCGCUCUCAUCGCGGCCUUUGCUGCUUUCGUUCAGGCCGGCGUCUUCACCAAGCAGACCUACAAUGACAUCUCGAUCUCGGGAGGUGUUGCCGGUAACGCAGAGGAAGAGGCCCUCUCCGUCUUCAGCGCGCUGGACAUGAACAACCUCGCCGCCGCCGACAAGGCCGACCUCGACUUCCUCAACUCGGUCAACCAGAUCUGCAACAAAGCUGAGACGGAGGCAUUCAACCCUGCCAUCGAAGCUGCCUCCGGCGACGCUGCCAAGGCUCUCCAGCGCGGCAAGAUAAAGAACAAGGUCCUCAAGCUCGAGGCCACCAUCAUCCGCCUAAAGAUCCAGCAGGCCCAAGGAAAGAAUGUCUCAGCCCAAAUGGCCAAGGAGUUGAAGAAGCUCAACAACAACAUCAAGCAAGACGAGGACGAGGCCGGCCAGCCGUCGACCGCCCUGUCCUUCGAUGCCAGCACCAAAUAA